AUGAAGCUCGUGGUACAAUUUGUGCAACUGGCUCUUCUGAGCGCCGCUUGGGCCAAUGGAGCUCCGGAUUUCGAACCUGCCGGCCAGGUUCCCAUGUUGGGUCCUGAGCGACGCCCCGAGCAGCCCAAGUCCCGGCCAAACAUCGUCUUUAUCCUGACCGACGACCAAGACCUACACAUGGGAUCUUUGGAGUAUAUGCCAUACGUACAGAAGCAUCUCAUCGCCCAUGGAACUUUCUACAAACGACACUACUGCACCACUGCUCUCUGCUGUCCUUCACGCGUGACGCUCUGGACUGGCAAAGCUGCACACAACACAAAUGUGACCAAUGUGUCCCCGCCAUAUGGUGGAUAUCCCAAGUUUCUCAGCCAAGGCCUGAAUGACAAGUAUCUUCCGGUAUGGCUACAACAAGCAGGUUAUAACACAUUCUACACGGGGAAACUUUUCAACGCUCAUGCAGUUGGAAACUAUGAUUCUCCACACGCUGCUGGAUGGACAGCAUCAGAUUUCCUCCUCGAUCCGUUUACGUACUGGUACAAGAACAGCACAUACCAGCGCAACCACGAUCCACCCGUGAGCUACGAAGGUAGACACAGCGUGGAAGUCCUGACUGAAAAGGCCUUGGGCUUGCUUGACGAAGCUGCUACAGGGCAAAAACCAUUCUUCCUCGGCGUAGCUCCUGUAGCCCCACACGCAAACAUUUGGGCUCCGAGUUUUGCUGAGGGGAAACACACGGAUAUACGCGACGUGGUCUUCUCCGUGCCCGAGCCGGAAGCCAAAUAUGAAGGGCUCUUCAAAGACGUCAAGGUUCCCCGAACCGAGAACUUCAAUCCCGAUGAACCCUCUGGCGCAAGUUGGAUCAAGACAUUGCCAAAACAGACCGACGAGAAUGUUGCCUACAACGACCACUACUACAGACAGCGACUCCGCGCGCUGCAGAGUGUUGACGCCCUGGUCGAUGACAUUGUUAAGCGACUCGACGCCCAUGGUAUAUUGGAUAACACCUACAUUAUCUACUCUACAGAUAAUGGCUAUCACAUUGGCCAGCAUCGGCUUCAACCGGCCAAGCAAUGCAGUUUCGAGGAAGAUAUCAAUAUCCCAAUGGUCAUUCGUGGACCAGGGGUGCCCAAGGACUCGGUGGCUGAUAUUGUGACUACACAUACUGAUUUUGCGCCGACAUUACUCAAGAUUGCCGGAGCUCCCCUGAGGGAUGAUUUCGACGGCCUCGCCAUACCCCUGACAGAAGAAGCCCUCCAGGAAGCUGGUCAAAGCCGGCACGAGCAUGUCAAUGUAGAGCACUGGGGUUUUGCCUCCAACGAGGGGAAGCUCUUCGAUGGAUGGCAGAGAUUGUAUUUGAACAACACCUACAAGGCUUUGAGGGUCAUUAGCAAGGACUAUGAUCUACACUACCAGGUCUGGUGCAACAACGACCACGAACUCUAUGAUCUGAAGGCAUGUCAAGGGCUCAUUCCCCGAAUCCAGUAA